AUGGCGCCUAAGGGGCCCUACAAGCUAGUGACAGUGAAUACUGUGCCGGAACGCGCAAAGAGACUAAUUGGCCGAGUCGUGGAGGAUCUCAAAGAGCAAUAUACCAUUCAACAUGUGGCGAAUUGCGAGACUAUAGAUGCAGUGGAGGCGACUGUGAAAGAGAUUCAGCCGGAUGUACUGUUCUGUGCCUCGAUGUGGACGCCCGAGGAGAGUGCACGCAUUCAACAAAUAGCCAGGACCAAUGUCCCGGGAAUCAAGACGCAUGCUAUUCCUCAAGGACUGCAGGUAGAGAAGGGGCCGGAUGGAGUUGUUGAGUACCUGAAGGAGCAUAUUCCCCAGAUCCUUGCGUAG